GGGGAGCAAGGAGGCCAGUCGAGGGGGGGUGAUGGGAGAGGGGGACCAGGUCCAGAGCAGGCUGGAGAGGAUCUGGACAUUUCUCUGCCUGCCUGACACCUACAGACUGGACAUGGCCAUCAAGUACAGCUCCCACGCACGCAGGGACCAGCUGGAGGAGGCUAGCGGGGCACCUCUCUAGCCAGGAUGGAUGAGUCCAAGCACCGGAGCAAACUCAACUCCCAGAUCUGUUCUCUGGAGAAGGUGUUGUCUAAGAUUCUCCAUCACAUUACAGACAGCUUCCGCGACACUGUCACCUACAAGGGGAGGCCGUACAGGGAGGAGGGACCGCAUCGAGAUUCUCUAUUGGCUGCAGCAGGAGCGCCGGGUCCAGGCUCUGGAGAGGGUGGUGGAGGGGAGGGGCUCUCUCCCCACCAGACUGCCCCCCCCUCAACUCCAACCUUCGGCUGUACCCGGGCACCCACCCCACCCCCCAAGGACACACCCCGACCCUCAGCCAGAGACCCCACCCUCACACACACAGCUGCUCCAACCCAACCCAGCCGAGCUCAGUGUAUCCAGUAUAAGUUUGAACGUUGUAAGCAAAUUAAUAGAAUGCUUGGAAAAUUGUUUGUAUGCACCGCUUGGAAGGAAAUAUUAUAUUUGAUCAUUUGUAUGUAUUCAUAUUAUAUAUAAUCCAUUAUCAUUAUCACUUGUCAAGUAAAUGUAUUAACGUGAUUGGAUAAUAUAUAUGCACUACUAGUAGGUUCAUCUGACAUUGACAACAUUUGAUAUGGUGAAUAUUUUGUCAUUAAUGUCGUGGAAAAUUGUCUCAAAAAUAUAACACUCUUACAAGAACUUGUGAAUUCAAUAUAGACUUUAAUACAGAGUAGCAAAGCCGAGCCCUUCCAUGGAAGGACCCUAUUACACACGUAACAGAGCCAAGCCCCUCCAUGAAAAAGACUAAAUUCUCAUAUUACAGAGUCCUAUCUUUAUAGGAUUUUGUCUUUGCAUAACGUGUAGAGUCCCCUCCCUCUAUAUGAAAAUAGCUUUCCUUGACCUUUCUCCAUUAUUAUCUUUCCCAACAACGCUCAUAUCUGCUUCUGAUUAGAUUAUAAUGGUGGCGGGGAACUCUGUAUGUCAUACAAAAAUAACGCAUGCAUUACAUGCUCAUGUUUGGUCCUUUUGCUACCAUCCUCCUUCCUGUGCCCUUCUGACUUUGGUAUGUCUGGCUGUCAUAAAUGUACUUAUGGCCUUGGCUAAUGUACUCAUUGCUCGUGUAAUCUUAAGAGACUGAUGAUAAUAAGGUUUCAGAAGAGGUAAAUACAGAACUCAAGUCCAGUUGCCAGGUUACUGCACAACCCGCAGUGGCCUGUUAUCUUAUUUGGAAAUAUCAAUUGUACAGGGUGUCACCUUCUCUUCCUAUGGCCAAUGUACUUAUGUCUUUGCUACUUCAGCAUAGCAACUACACUUAUUUAUAUUACUUAGCUCCCACAUUAAUAAUUUACAUUAUUUUCUUCUGAGUGUGGCAGAAACAUGCAACUCUAAGUGCCAUGACAAAAGGAACGCUGUUUGCACCUUGAGUCUAUUUAGGGCCACUGGUAAGUGUCUUAUCAGUAUUACCAAGUGAAAUACCAAAGAUACUGAGCUAGCACUGCGGGCCUACAAGUUUACAAUGAACAACAAGCUGUCACGUAUCACCAGGCAGCAUGCUCCCAUCUGCCUAGUUACAGUCAAGCAUGCAUUAUCUCACCCUCUCACGUGAGCGCGAAACGCCACCGCAUUGGUCAUUUCAGACCGAGGGAAGUUGUUUUUUGUUGUAAUUCAGGAAGAACCCUACUCAUUUAAAAAAUAGGUGUUUUUUGUUGUUGUCAGAAUUACAUUAUUUAGAAAGGAAAUUAUUAUAAUCCUGACCACUGUGGAUAGCGAGCUCCUGUGUCGAGCAAAUAGAUACAUAGAUAGUUCCCGCUCAAUGCUGGCCUGUCAGAGGGAGGAGGAGCGUGGUUUAAACUUGCUCCUCCUAACGUCGGCGUGCAGGCUGAUCCCAGCGUCGUGACGCACUUCCUGUUGCCGGUUGUAGUUCUUCUUGUCUUCAACAGUUGAUUUACCCGUAGUUUAUGUACUUAGCAUAGCUUCCCCAGUAUAUUAUAUAAGUUAUGCAUACAAAUAGCCAGUUCAACCCUAACACCUGACUGACUGACAAAAGCCUACAAUCAAUGUUCACUCUAAAGAGGAAAUUUGCUAACUUUGGAAAUUAGUUCCCUUCACCUGCCAAUCAAUCACCAUUCCAGCCCAGCCACCCCACCUGUGUGGUCGGACCAGGUCUGGCCCGUUGGCAUGGCGAUGAUGGAGGAAGGGGCGCGGAGCUGCCUGCUUCAGUCACGCUCCAGCCUGGAGCAGGACAUCAGGGCUUCCUACCUGAUGGAUCACAUGAUCAGUGAUGGCGUGCUGACGGGGGACGAGGAGGACAGGAUCAGGAGCAAGCCCACCAGGAAAGAGCAGGCGGCGGCCCUGCUGGAGCUGCUCCUGAGGAAGGAUAACCAGGCCUACAUCUCCUUCUACAAUGCCCUGGUCCGCGAGAGCUACGGAGACCUGGCCAGCCUGCUCCACAACAGCCUGCCCCUGAUCUCCCCUGAGGCUGAGAAGAGCUUCUCAGAUGGGGGCACCCGCUAUGUCCAGGCGGUGCUGAGUGAGGGCGGCGUGCCCCAGAGACCCGUGGUGUUUGUGAGCCGGCCAGCCCUGGUAAACCGGGUCAGGGAGAAGCUCUACCGCUUGCAGGAGCCCGGCUGGGUUACUGUGUUCGGCAUGGCCGGCUCCGGCAAGUCAGUCUUGGCUGCGGAGGCAGUCCGAGACCACGCACUCAUCACAGAGUGUUUUCCAGGAGGAGUCCACUGGCUGUCCAUAGGCCAGCUGGACCGGUCUGACCUGCUGGUUAGGAUCCAGUCACUGUGUUUCCGCCUGGAGCAGCAGAGCCAGGAGAAAGACCCCUCGUCCUCCCUCCACCGGUCUCCUGGCUCUCUGGAGGAGGCCAAGGAGCGACUACGCUUCCUCAUGCUCCGUCGUUACCCCAGGUCGUUGCUGAUACUGGAUGACAUCUGGGACAGCUCUGUGAUCAAGGCCUUUGACAUCCAGUGUCGAGUACUGCUCACCACCCGAGACAGAAGCCUAGCCGACUGUGUCAGCGGUUCUAAGUCUGAGGUGGCAGUGGAGAGUGGUCUGGAGGAAGAUCAGGCCUUGGAGAUCCUCGCCCUGUAUGUCAACGGGAAACCCCAGAGACUCCCAGAACAGGCCCGCAGCAUUGUCCGAGAGUGCAAAGGCUCCCCCUUGGUGGUGUCCCUAAUCGGGGCCCUGCUGCGGGAGUUCCCGGACCGCUGGGCCUACUACCUGCACACGCUCCAGCAGAAGAAGUUCAAGCGUAUCCGUAAGUCGUCUUCGUAUGACUACGAUGCCCUUGACCAGGCCAUGGCUGCCAGCAUCCAGGUCCUGUCUGAUGAACACAGGGAGCUUUACAUUGACCUCACUGUGCUGGAGAAGGACGUCAAAGUACCUGCCAAGGUUCUGUCGGUUCUGUGGGAUCUAGAACCGGAGGAGGUGGAGGACGUUCUCCAGGACUUUGUGAACAAGUCCCUACUGUUCCGUGACUGUCACCACCGGCCCUACCUCUACUACCUCCACGACCUCCAGCUGGACUUCCUGGCUGAGAUGAACCGCUCUGGUCUAGAAAGCCUCCACACCAAGGUGGUGCGUCAGUACCAGCAGCGCUACAGCCAGGGUCCCCCCACCUCAGGAGAUGAAGAGUGCCUCUACUGGUUCAGAUUCCUCACCUACCACAUGGCCAAGGCCAACCUCACACAGGAGUUGUGCUCUCUGAUGUUCUCUCUGGACUGGGUCAGAACUAAAGCUCAGAUUAUGGGACCGGCUCAUCUCAUCAAUGACUAUGUGGAGUACGGCGCCAUACUGGACAAAGAGAACAGCGAGGUGCGGGGCCACUUCCAGGAGUUCCUGUCUCUGAACGGCCACCAGUUGGAGCAGCGUCCGUUCCCUGACGUAGUGCAGCUGGCCCUGUCCCAGCCAGACUCCUCUGAGGUGUACCGCCAGGCCCUGCUGCAGGCGCAGGAGAGGGCCACCAGAGGGGGACUCUACCUUGACUGGAUGAACAAAAGUAGUCUGAAGAGCCUGUCUCGUCUGGUGGUCCAGCCCCACCAGGGGUCCAUCUACGCUGCCUGCUUCUCCCACGACGGCACCAAGAUCGCCUCCUGUGGCUCCAGCAAGACACUGCGAGUGUUUAAGAGCACCUCUGGGGAGAAGAUGCUGGAGAUCCAAGCCCACGACGAUGAGGUGCUCUGCUGCGCCUUCUCCCCAGAUGACCGUCUCCUAGCAACCUGCUCUAGUGAUAGGAAGGUCAAGGUUUGGAACGUGGAGUGUGGGACUCUGAUGAGGAUGUUUGAGGAGGAACACGAGGAGCAGGUCAACCACUGUCAGUUCACCAACACACGUCGACGCCUCCUACUGGCCACCUGUUCCAACGACAAGUUCUUGAACACCAAGCUGUGGAACAUCAAUAAACCCUCCUCCCAGAACACCAUGUUUGGUCAUUUGGAGCCUGUCAAUCACUGCUGUUUCUCCCCUGAUGAUGCCUACCUCUCCACCUCUUCCAGCGACGGAACCCUGAAGCUGUGGGAGGUGUCCUCAGCCAAUGAGUGGAAGUCCAUAGACGUGGCGGACAUGUUCCCGGAGCAGAGAGAGCAGACUGCGGUCAUGGUGAAGUGCAGCACCUGGUCAGCAGACGGCAGGACCAUCAUCUGUGCUGCCAGGAACGCGGUCUUUGUGUUUGAUGUAGAGACGGCGGCCAUGUUGUUGGAGAUCCGGACCAGUCGUCUGAGCACGGUGCAGUACUGUCACUCCUGUCCCAGCAGCAACCUGGUGGCCAUCGCACUGUCACACUAUGCUGUGGAGCUGUGGGACAUAGAGACCAGUAAGAAGAUGGCUGACUGUAGUGGUCAUCUGAGCUGGGUCCAUGGAGUCCAGUUCUCCCCUGACGGAUCUCUACUGCUCUCCUGUUCUGACGACCAGACCGUCAGGGUGUGGGAGACCAAUAGAGUCCACACCUCCUCGGCUGUCUGUCUGAAGAGGGACUCUGACGUGCUCUUUAACAACGGUGACAUUACCGUGGUCGCCGCCGACAAUCGCAACAGACUGCAGGUGAGGAAUGGGAGGACCGGAGCGGUGAUGUUCCAGUCAGAGGACCAGGAGUCUCGUAUCCGCUGCACUGCUAUCUGCUCACAGACCUCAGCCGUGGGGCUGGGACGAGAGGAUGGGACGAUACAGGCAGGAGGGAUGACAGUUAGGCAGGUACUGAGGACCAUUGGAUGGAGGACUCUACAGCGGCUGACCCCUCACAGGGGCUCGUUGCUGGCGCUAGGGCUAGAAACAGGCAGUGUGCAGUGUUGUCUGUCAGACCCUCACACAAAGCAGUCAGGGCAGAUCCACUCUCCGACUGGGCUGAUCAAUCGCACGCAGAGCCCGGUGUUGGAGGUGCCAUCGGGGACCUCUCUAGCCACUCUUCAGGGUCACACCAGGACAGUUCUCCACUGCCAGUUCACCCCGGAGGGACACACACUCAUCACCUCCUCUGAGGACACCACCAUACGGGUGUGGAGGUGGAGGACAGGUGAGUGUGUGGUUCUGGAGGGCCACAAGGAGCAGGUCAGAUGCUUCUCUCUGCUCACCACCUCACCCUCCUCAGAGACACAUCUCCUCAGCUGGUCCUUUGACGGCACCAUCAAGGUGUGGGACAUGUCUAGUGGUGAACGGCUGCAGGACCUAGUGUGUCACCAGGGGGCGGUGCUAGCCUGUGACGUGUCGCCUGACAGACAGCUCUUCGCCACCACCUCCGCUGACAAGACUGCCAAGGUGUGGAGCAGUGCAUCGUGGGAGUGCGUGCGCCUGUUGAACGGCCACCAGGACUGUGUCCGCAGCUGCCGCUUCUCUUGGGACGGCCGGCGCCUAGCAACCGGCGACGACAACGGAGAGAUACGGCUGUGGAACGUGAAGGAUGGUACUCUACUAAAGAUCUGUUCCCGAGACAACAAGGACGCCAUGGACUCUCUGCACGGAGGCUGGGUGACCGACCUGCACUUCUCCCCAGACAACACUGUGCUGCUGUCUACAGGAGGAUACAUUAAGUGGUGGAACGUGGAGAAAGGGGAGGCCCUCCAGACCUUCUACCCAACAGGAGCCAAUCUGAAAAGGAUCCAUGUGUCACCUGACUUCUCCACCUUCGUCACCAUCGACAAUAUCGGAAUCCUCUACGUCCUGAAGAAGGUGGAAUGAGAGGGAGGCAUAGCUCAUUAGUCUAAAGGGGGCGUAGCUCAAUAAUAGAAAUAGUUCUCGUCUCCUCUCCUUGCAUUGAUCUGAAAGAGCCAGACAGGUGAGAGCCAAUGUCUGUUAGUCAUCUGCCAUGUUGCUUUAGCCUGCGUUCUCAGAUCAGAGGAGGUGACGAACAGGAGAUCUGCUAAAGGAAGAAAUACAUCAUUUCUCCUGCUCUGCCUUCUUCUGCAUGCCAUAACAGUCAAAACAAUCACAACAAAAUUCAUAUCCUGACAAAAUUAACUAUUAUGCUUUUCUUAUUGUAUCAGGGGACCAUAGCAAAAAUGCAUUUGAUUCUUACUGCACUGGGGUAAAUUGCAUGCAAUAUGGACAGAUUUUGCUAUCCUCUUUUUAACUAGGAUAAUCUAUGCUAUAAUGAAAUGCACCAGUAUUAUCUGUUGUGAUUCUACAGUGAUGAUGUCAAACACAGUGAAUUGGUUUUGUAUUUCUAAGUGCACAAUGAGUCUUUUGCUUUGUUGAUGUCGUGGCACUCUGCAAAUGGUCAUGAGUGUCUUCUGUCGUCUUAAACAAAGUACAUGUAUUUUUCCCUGUGAAGUUCGGGCAGCAGGGAGCCUAGCGAUUAAGAGCAUUGGGCCAGUAACCUAAAGGUUGCUGGUUCGAAUCUCUGAGCCGACUGGGUGAAAAAUCUCUCUAUGCCCUUCAGCAACGCACUUAACCUAAUUUGCUCCUGUAAGUUGCUCUGGAUAAGAGCGUCAGUUGACUAAAAUGUAAAAAUGUAAAGGUCUAAACCUGUGUAUUUGGAGUAACUAAAGCCUUAAAGAUGGAGUCCGCAGUAUGGGAAAGCCUCCCCACCACUGUUUUUUUGUUGUUGUCCGGGCUGAGGAGCGUCACACAGCAUGGUAAAACUAAUAGCAGGACAUAUUGUGCUCUUUUAUCGCGCAUGCACUGAUGUCUGAGGGGGAAAACUGUUGGUCGUUUCCAGUAACUUCUUUGUUGUUGUAAUAUCACAAACGGAUGUGGCUGUUUCACCAUUAAGGAGUCCAGCAUUAAUGUUUUUAAAGGGGACAUAUACUAAGGAAAAUGUGGGAAAGUAAAGGAAAGGUCCAAAUGAUAGGGAUUUUUGCAGCAAACCAGCUCUCACAGUCUCAUGUCAGAAUUAGACGUUCAUCCAUGUUUCUCAAACGUCAAAUUUCAAAGAUGUUCCAAACGUCAAAUUUCAAAGAUGUUCUAAACAUCAAAUUUCAAAGAUGUUCCAAACGUCAAAUUUCAAAGAUGUUCCAAACGUCAAAUUUCAAAGAUGUUCUAAACGUCAAGUUUCAAAGAUGUUCCAAACGUCAAAUUUCAAAGAUGUUCUAAACGUCAAAUUUCAAAGAUGUUCCAAAUGUCAAAUUUCAAAGAUGUUCUAAACGUCAAAUUUCAAAGAUGUUCCAAACGUCAAAUUUCAAAGAUGUUCUAAACGUAAAAUUUCAAAGAUGUUCCAAACGUCAAAUUUCAAAGAUGUUCUAAACGUCAAAUUUCAAAGAUGUUCCAAACGUCAAAGUUCAAAGUGUUUAAGGUAAAGUCCAGGCAUUAACUCCAUAUUCUUAAGGUUAGGUGUUAACUCUGAAUGGUUAAGGUAAGGGUUAAGGUUUGGGUUAGGCUUAACUUUCUAUUGCUGUAUUCAAACUUGCAACCUUUGGAAUCAGAGGGAGAUGCUUCCGCCCAUCCGCCAUCCCUGUCCACAACGCCCUAGCAAAACCAAAACCUAAUUGAAGGUAACAGCGCCUACUGUUUCCCCCCUAGUGGCCGGUUUCCACGUCAUCUCCCAACAUCUUCAGACUUGGAUGGAUGUCAAAUACUGACUUGUAUAACAGGUGACCUGGCUGGUUUGCAAUGUUAUCAACAAGUCAGGUUACCGCCAUAAAUGCAAAAAAAUAUUGUAUUGGUUCAGCCCACUUUCUAGAGCCAAUGAGUAAUUCAAACCUUGACCAAAGGCAUUUGUCAGAAUAGCAUCUGUCGACUAUGUUUACUAUCAAGUUCAAUACUAUUUAGGACAUUUUCUACAGUAAUUGUAUCUAUAGCGCCUGUUUUUUUUGUACAAGUCCUUUUUUUAUUGUAUAUAUCUUGCUUUCAUACAUUUUGUUUUCUUAUUACUACUGAGCCACGCUCUAGUGAGCUUUAUAGGAAGGCACUAUGAUUUUUCUCUUGUGGUCUAUAUCAAGGACAUGGCCUUCUUCCAAUACUUUGACAAUGCGUCCUUCCUUCCUUCCAUCAUUGCUUGAUUUCAUCUCUGAUCUGACGCUAUUGAAUAGCUGACCGAUUGCUUCCACUUCAUGGCUGACAAUCCAGAGUCAUUUAAUAUCUGUGGUUAUUGAAAGGAAGGAUGUGUUUCCAAAGUAUUCAAUCUGGGCCUUGUUUUUAAAGUUAGAACAUGUGCUCUUACCUAUUGGUGCUUUAAACUCAGUGUGCAAGUCAAUCAUCAGAGGAGGUCUCUCCCUGUCAAUCAAAUCUGUGAAGUCUUGAGGUGAUCUCAGGACAUGAAUACUGUUAUGGUAAAGUGCUUGUGUGUGCUGUGUAAUUUAUAAUACCUUAGAGAAUAAAACAUUCUAUGACAGCAGGUGGCUUACUUACUCCUCUUAAUUUAUCAUUAAAUCAUUUGUUGUUCACCGUCCAGAGCAUAGGGUAGUAUUUGAUCUACACUGAACAAAAAAACGCAACAUGUAAAGUGUUGGUUUCAUGAGCUGAAAUAAAACAUUCCUGAAAUUUUCCA